GGGCCUCACACGGGCAAAAGAAACCAAAACCACCCAAACUGUCAUCCCAUUCUGGCCUUCUCCUCUCUCCCGAUUCGAAUUCAAUGGCCAAAGGCGGCGGCGGCGCCUCGCCGGCGCCCCCUCGGGGCCAGGUCUACCUUCCCGAGUGGCGCCGCCUGUACGACCGCCUGCUCAAGAUGCUGCGCGAGGAGCACGCGCUGGCCGAGGAGCUCUCCGUCGAGCGCGCGCACCUCGCCGCCGAGCUCGAGCUCCAGCGCAUCGGCCGCCGCGAGCGCGAGGAGAUCUUCCAGGCCCGCAUCCAGCAGAUCUGGAGGGACGAGGAGCGCUGGAGGAGGGUCGAGAAGGCCGAGAGGGCGGUGCUCAUCGGGGGAAAGGAUCUGGAGAGUAGCUGCUACCAGAAGCUCGUAGAGCUCGCAGAUAGUGAUGCUGAGGAUUUCAGAAGUUGCAUUGCUAGUUUGACAGCUGAAAAUUCUGAACUCAAGGCAAAACUGAAGGAGGUUGAAAGUCAGGCGAAGCUUAAUGAAAACAGUGCGGAUCAUCAGCAAAGUGGAAAAGAUCUGAGGCAAGAGUUAAGGAAACUAAAGCAAGCUUACAAGACUCUGAGCUCAGAGAAGGACAAGCAAAUUUCAUCAUUAAGGGCAGAAAAGGAUUUUGUGUGGAACCAGUUUAAGACCAUGGAGCAGGAUUACAUCGUGACCAUUAAGAGCAAGAACAUAGAGGCAAAGCAAGCUACUGAAGCAGCACAAAAGCUUCAGAAGAAUGUAGAUGAACUGCGAGUGGCAGCCCAAAAGAAGGAUGAUGAAAUCGACAGACUGCAAGCUGAGGUGACCAGUGCCAAAGAGAAGAUGCUGCUUCUUGAGGAUGAGCUAAAACAAAUGCAUUCCUUGGUCAAGGAUAAAGAUGUCGAAACCAGUAAAAAUCAAGAUCAUCAAUCUGAGACUAGUCGAAAGUCGAAGAAGGAUAUUAACAAGACAAACGGAAAAUCUAAGUCUGAAGGCCCUGUUUCAAAGGAAAAAACAAGAACAUCACAGGUCACGCCAGACAAGGUAGAAGUGAAGACUUCCAGAACUCGUGCUUCUGACACUAGUCAAAAACGCAAGCGUGGCUCUUCUGUAUCAUGUGCCACAUGAGUCGCUUCUUUCUGUAAAUAUGGACAAAGAAUAAGGGUUCCCAGCGAUGCUCCACAAGGCCGCUGCAAGUUAAAGCUGCUGUGUCCCCCAUGCUCCUCCCGCCCAGUUUUACGGUUCCAAGACUGAAGACCCCAACCCCUGGCCGCCAUAAUCUUAUGUGCUGACAUUUGGAAUUGCUGAUACACACCCUGAUAUGAUAGUAUUUAGGUGAGGUUAAGCUUAUCAGUUGCUGCUCACGGGCCUGGCUAUGUUGUGAGGCAGAAUGAUAUGGAUGAUGGACCGUGUUGUAGCAUAUUUCUUCUCUCGUCUCCUUGUUAGGGUGCUUUUUAGGGUGCUGUGCUAUAAUGGUGGGUUUCCUUGUUUAUGUAAGCUUAUCACUUGCUGUUCGCAUGCUGGCUUUAACUUGAAGCCAAAAUUAUUGGAUGGUCAGGGAUGUUUGUAAACAGUUCCGAUCCAUCUUAUGAUUGUGUUUCCAAUGAAUGGAUGAUCGAUUGUGUUAUUUGUGCCAA